AUGGAAUGUUUACCCGGCUGUGAAGUGAUCUUGCCCGAGAUCGGAACGGCCACAGUGAAGACAAAGUUUGAUGCCUGUCAGUCGCCGGCCGUCCUCUCCUUCUCCGUUCGAGUGAGUGUUAAUUAAAAAAGUUAUAGAGUUAUCUUGUGGGUCCAAAAGCUCGAAAACGAGUGAUAUUUCUAACCAAAAACUGUCAUUUUUCUCAUCAGAUGAUAUUUCGGAUGGGAUAUUUUUGGAGUUGGAAUAUUUGGCUAAUCUUCUGCGUUCUCCUUAAACAUCACCCCCAAGACUCUUUUUAUCUACGUGAGAAGUCGAGAUGCGAAUUUGAAAUCCAGCCGACCACAAUCUUUAUAUUGCCCUAGCAGAGCUAAUAUAAUAUAAAAACUAAAGCAUUAUAAGACGCCUUUUCCCCUCCACACCCACUUUUACGGAAAAAUGUCGGGCCUGAUCCGACGUUUUGGAGGUCCCAAUGGCGUCGUAUCUUGAUGUAUGUCUAAUCAUUUAAACAAACACUUUGUGGGGGGCGGCAUUCCCCACUUAAGCCAAUUAUGGGACCGACCUUUAGGAUUGAGUUGCAAACCAACUUCAAGUGGUCUUGGAAAAGCGUUGGGACAUGUUGAGGAUUACGUCAUCAAAUUAGGAAGAGGAUAGAGUUUUGAGAGGGGAGUGUCUCAAUGUGGGUACGGAUGAUGCUAGACUAGGCCGGAGGUAUAAAAAUUAUUAAAGAAUUAUUUAGAGAUUGCCCACAAAACAUCAUGUUUUUAUAAAUAUUACCUCCAGUUUUUGAUAACUAUUACUGCCAGUUAUUCUUUAAAAAUGGCCAUAGACUUAACGGCAGCGAGUCCUCAAUCUUACUGAGAUCUUUAUAAAUAUCGUUGAGAGUUCAAAUCUCUGUUUAUCAUUGUAAUCGCAUCCCCAUCUCCCUCCAUUUUCAGACUCUUGAGGAUUCGAAAGAUUAAAUUUGACAUCAUGUCUCCUUCUUUUUUUUACAUUUACAUCUCCGGUCUCUUAACGAAAAAUAUUCUAAUAAUGAGAAUUUAAUUGAUGGAUCGAGAAGGGGAGAAAAGGCGUUACGGGUGUCUUCUUAUUACAUUUAGCGCGCUUCCAAUUAUUCUCACAAUUUGAGUGGAAGGAAUAUUCGCCGAUAUAUUGCGACAGAUAGGAUGGAUGCCUCAGGAAAAAUAAAAAUUUUGCAGCAAGAUUAAUAGCCUCACAUAAAAGGGUGAUUUAUAUUAUUUUCACCUUUUUUAGAUCAUCUUUUUCCUCUAAAAAGUAUCAAAUAGACACACUAGUUGGACCUUACAUGGACAAGUAUAAUAUCAGCGUAUUAUCCUGUCCAAACAAUCCCAAAAAGCCGCAAAACGAAGUGCAUUAUCCUCAGAUGCGAACAAAGCAGCCAUCGCCCGCCUUUCAAGGUGUCGCCGUUAAUCUUCGGCCUUCGAAAAGUCUCCAGAAUCAGCCCAUAUCCUAAAAGUAAAUAAUUAAUUAGUCUCAUGGCUAGAGUGGCCUGAGAGACCGAGAUUGUGCAAUAAACCAGGAAACGAAUUGGAUUACAGUAACCAACUGUAAACAGAGAAGACAGAGUUGCGCAACAGGCUGCGAAAACAGAUAAGGUGGGAUCUCGAAGAACAAUGUGUAAUCCACUUCUUACUAAUGCUUGUCCCUUCUCUUUUCUCCGUCUUAAUCGCACACUUGUUAUGGCCGAUGUAAACAGCCCAUAAGCAUGGAUUCGGCCCUCUUAUCUGCCCAUCUGGUUUCUCUUCCCGGAAUCAGAAAUUGCCCAUGAUUAGAGGUCCUUUGGGAUUUGCAAAAACGAGGGGAAAAGUGCCGAUGAAAUUAAAAUAUAAUUCAUAUUAUGGUCUAUAGACUCUAAACAGUUUUAUUUUAGAGGAAAUUCUGUCUCACAACUUCGAAUUAAAAUUUAAAAAAUUGAAAAAAUAGUGGAAGUGAAGAAAAAAUGUGAUCCUCAAUAUUCCAGAGCGAUGGGAAGAUCACUUCGCACACCUUUGCCGCCGGAAAUGAACUCGAAAUCCGCCCAUUACGCAACAAUUACUGGCAACUCAAUCUCCGGGUCAGACUCAGGUCAGUGGGCGAUUCACAUCAUGCCGAGGCUUGUAUGGAGACGGUCCGGACUGGGAAUCUGACCUGCUUUAUGAACGGAGUCAUCCCGGAUUCGGCUUCAGAAUGCUCGGAGGGUCGACAUGAAGGUAAAUAAAGUUUUCAAACUAGACUGUAAGGACAUACACUGUAACGAAAUAAUAGUUAAAAAAUUUUAAAAUUAAAUUUCAGCUAACUCCGGAUUUCUGGUCGUUUUAUUAUGCGUGAUCUUGGUGACAUGUUUGUUGAUGAUUGGAGUCGCCGUUUGCACAAUUAUGCAUCGAUUCUAUUCCCAACAAAAGUCGGGGGGAUCGAGGAAAAACAGCUCGACAUCAACGGAAAAGGGGGUAAGUCUCUUUUUACUUAUUCUUUAAGAUUUGUUGAAGACAGGUCUCAAUUACAAUUUUUUUUUGCUUUAUUAUCUUUUCCACUAUAAUCAAUGUAACUUUAGAGUCCGCAAUGCCCAUUAGUUGGCGAUAAAAAUACAGUAUGCUCAUUGAAAUUCCCGGAAGAUCGAUUGGAAGUGAUCACGGAAGAGGAAGACGAGAAAGAAUUCACAUCAGAGUGUUCGGAGGUCAAUGGGAACGACAAAUUAUCAGAGGCAAUCACAGAAGAGGUCUCGAAUCACAGUUCUGGCCAAGGGACACCCACCAGUGGGCACCGGGCCAGCUUUAUUUACAAAAAAGGUGUGUUAUUCUACUUGAUGUCCAAUACUUUUUAUUUUAAUCAUAACGUUCCGUCCUAACUCAAUGCAUUUGUAUCCCUUUCCUAUUCCAGACCAAGUCAUUCUCCCCACCCAACUCCAAGCUCAGCGUCGCAACUCCCAGCCGCUGAUAUUCCCGAUCGAAUCUCCGAAGAAAGCCUUGACGACGUUUGGGUAA